CUUCUUCCGCGCAUGUCCGUAAUUCUUUAUGCUUUGACUGUUCGACUGGUAAUCGCACUGUGUACCCGAACUUUCUUUCAGCCAGACGAAUACUUUCAAGCCCUUGAACCGGCGCAUAAUAUUGUAUUUGGGUACGGGAAUCUUACAUGGGAAUGGCUGAGCCCACUUCCCAUCCGAAGCAUCCUGUAUCCGGCUUUGAACGUACCCAUUUAUUGGGCGUUAAAGGUCACUGGGAUGCAUGAAAUUAGACCCUGGGGUGACUUUCUUCUGAUCAUUGGACCGCGCAUCUUACACGGAACACUAGCGGCCGGCACUGACAUCUGGAUCUGUUCCCUGACUCGACGAACAAUUGGGGAACGGUACGUGUCUACUUCCUUGUUUUUGUCGCUCACCUCGUUCUUUCACGCCCUUUCACUUUCACGGUCGUUUUCGAACUCUCUGGAGACUUCCUUGACGACCAUCGCCUUCUCAUACUAUCCUUGGGAUGCUAGCGCAAGAUUAAGUCCCCAGCUGAUAUACAACAGAUCAAAGAUACGGAAAAGUCUCGCAUUUGCAGCUCUUGCUUGUGCCAUCCGGCCGACGAACGCAGUCAUUUGGAUCUAUCUAUUUUCCAACUUGGUUUGGGCUCUUCGGGGCUAUCGGCGGACUUUACUCUUCCUUCUGUGUGACACCAUUGUUAUAGGAACGCUUGUUCUGACAUCUGUCGUCGGGCUGGACUACGUCUAUUACGCCAAUUUUACUUUCGCUCCAGCCAAUUUUCUCGUCACAAAUCUGUCCGGUAUUGCCUUAUUCUACGGCGGAAAUCCGUGGCACUACUACCUCUCUCAAGCCUUACCGAUGCUUUGUAUCACUUCAUUACCGUUCACUGUCCACAGCUUAUGGACACAGGGGAGUGGAAGCAACACGGCCACGAAGACCAUGCGGAAAACAGUGGCGUGGACGAUAGGCGUCUAUUCUUUCACAGGGCACAAAGAGUGGCGUUUCAUCCAUUCGCUGCUUCCUAUCCUUCACGUACUGGCUUCUCAGUCUUUGGUCGAUUUAUCUGCGAUAACUGUAACGACGAAAACUCACGUUGCCAAACCUCGUGCAUCAAUAACUACGCAUUUCCCACCAGUUCGCAAGGAAUUCCUUGCAAUUCUCCUGAUGCCUAUACCGAUUACGGGCUACGUCGUAUUAUUAUACUGCAGCGGUCCAAUUAGUGUCACAUCCUACAUCAGGAGCAUACCUACCCACGAACUCCAAGGGGGGAGCGUCGGAAUUUUGAUGCCUUGCCAUUCUUUGCCUGGCCAAGCGUAUAUCCAUCGCAAAGAGCUUGAGAAUGGAGGGAUGUGGGCCUUGGGUUGUGAGCCUCCGCUCGGAAAGCAAAAUUUAUCUACAUAUCGUGAUCAGACAGACGUGUUUUUUUCUUCGCCAUACCAAUAUCUGAUGGAACGCUUUCCGCCUGCGGUUGAUCCAGCAUUUCCUGUCUCCCCAUUCCCCGCGUCGCUUCCAGGUGUUCCGACCCUUGACGCAUACCCCUGGGUUCACGAGUGGCCCCGUCACCUGAUCUUUUUUGGCGCUUUGCUGAGAGAACAAAGCGUGAAAGACCUAUUGAUUGGAAAGGGCUAUACGGAGGUAUGGCAUCGAGGCCGGUUUUGGGAAGGCGAUAGUGAUGAACGGAAAGGCGGGGUUUGUGUAUGGAAAUGGAUGGGAUAAUUCACAAAGCAAUUAGGGAAUUGUUCAAGUUUUGUUGGGCUUUUUCUAGACCGAUGAGAAUGGGAUUUUGCAAAUGAAUGGGUCGGGCAGAUUGUGAUCGUGUGUCGAUAAGCCCCAGCGAUGUAGCCUAUACCAGGCUUAUGGCGACGCUUGUCAGAUGAAAUUUGUAAGAUCUGGUCCCAGGGGUGUCUUUUAAGUCAAUUGGAAUCGGAUAGAGCGUAUUCAACCCAUUGU